GGCGAGCCUUCUGCUGAAGCUAAGGUGACGGAAGAAUCUAAGGACGAAGCCCGCACGGAAGAGACUACUUCAGCAGGGACACCGCUAAGGAGGAAUCUCCACUAAGCGAGGAAACGGCAGAGCAACCUAAACCUUUGAAGGCUCCCUCUGUGGAACCGGACAAAGAGGACGAUAAUAGCCAAAGCAUUCUAAAGAUCGACGAAAACAAUGGGGGAUCGGUUAAUCCCACAGCCGACGAUCCUGAGGCGGACGUUGAGGAGUCCAAUGCCAACAGCCAAGUCAUAACAGAAACAACAGGUGCCACCGUCGUCCCGGAAUCGAGCAAAUCAAACAUGCCACCCGUGCGCGCCUUGCGUAAAUGGGAAGUGGAGACCCCACUGCCAGAUGAAUCUGCCCGUCGAAAGCAACAGCAGCAGCGAGAGCUGGAGAAAACCGGAAAGGACAAACAGGGCCAGAAAAAACUAGUGCGUCGCCGCAAUCAGCUGGAGGCGGAAGAGCGGCCACCCCAGAAGCGUCUAAAGCCAGAGGACGAAGCCACAGCAUCUGCACCUGCCUCUGACAACCCCAAGGUUAAAUUCAUAUCCCUUAUAGGCAAGGACACAAUUAUUCCAACCACAACCGACCUACGAAAGGAGGAGGCAAAGUCCUCGGGCGCCGAUAUGACCAAGCACAUCAUCAUAUCGACAGUACCCAAGAAAACCCCGGAUGCCGCUGCAGAGAGUCCGCCGGCGCCGUCCAAGAAGCCUCUGGUGCAGAGUGUGCUCAACUCGUUUGUGGAUACCCUCAAGACUACACAAAGGGAUAGUACAGGCAAGAAGUUCUUGCCGAGAUCUAACACAGCGGCAGCAAAUGAUGAGGACCCCGAACGGAAUAUCCCCAGCUCCACUUUGCUGACCAGGAAGGGUGUUGUGUCAGCAAGCGAUUUGCCAAGCAAGAAAACAGCACAAUCUCCCAAAGGAGAAACACCUGCAGCAGCACUGCAGAAGGUGAACAUCAUCUCCGUUUCAGUGAUGCCGAGCAAAGAAGAUGAAUGUGCGGCUGUUGCAGUGGGGAAAAAGGGGCCCACCAGCGCACCCGCAACAGCAGCUCAAGUUACGAAGGCGCUGCUGGAUACCGAGAAGAACAUCGUCUCAGCAAGAAGGCAAGUGGAGAACAAGAAGAAGCCGGAGACUAAGAAGAUCGUGAAAAUAAAUGCGCCAGACAAGACUAAGAACACGGAGCAAGCUAGGAAGGAGGAUCGCCGGCUGGAGAUGUCCGCACAACAAUCGAAAAAAUCAUAUACUCAUACGGAGCCAACCAGGAAAUCCUUGCCGCAUCCGCAACUGCUAAGCAACCCCGAGCCUCGGAAGUCGGAAGAUGCUGCCAGAAAGCAAACUAUAGCUGAUGAGAUGGCUAAACCCGCAAUUCUGUCAACAGUUCGACCAGUAACCGGUGCCGUGUCUCGAUUGACACAACCCGAGCAGCAAUGGUCCGAUCUGGAUGUGUUUCGAAAGAGCAUUGCGAUCCGAAAAUCAAAGGUGGAAACUAGUCGCGCCUCAAGGGAAUCCUCUCUCGAACGCGCCGGUCGAAUAGCCCGACUGGAAAAAGGCAAUUCCUUACCGACCUCCCGUCCAAUGGCUGUCUCAAUAUCCUCACACAUGACGCGCGCCGCCAGUAACAAUCGAUCCCUGGCUUCAACGCCAAUUCCUAUGGCUACAACGCCAACUCCUAUCGUGCGGCGGACUGCUCCGAAAAAGCCUUAA